CCCCAGCCCGCCCGCUGAGCACCGCCCGCUGAGCACCGCCCGCUGAGCCCGCCCGUUCUAGGUGUGUGAAUCAACUUAUCAUCACUGAAUCAUCAGUUUAAUCUUGCUAACUUGACAACCUGUUGUAUGCCAGCCUGUGUCAAUACCAGGGUGGUAUGAAGCAGCCUCUGCAGUGAUUUCCAGCAGCUAUACUCAAGUGCUUCUGAGGAGCAGAACUUGGAAGUGGAGGCUGUGGCAGUGUUGCUAGAGACCAGGGAAGGCUGGCCCAUUCAGGUGUGGAGGACUAUGACUGGAGCCAGGAGGUGGGCAGCACUUGAGAGUGGUGUGCUUGGCUGAGGGAGAAAGGCAGGGAAGCAAGAGCUCAGACCAAGGUGCUCCUGAUCAACCAGAUCUUUCAGAAUUUUUUUAAAAAGAAACCUUGGUGGGUGAAAGAUGUGCCAUGGAAUGGUAGCAUCAAAGAGCAACACAGGAUCAUCUCUUGCUUUGACUGGCCAUGGGUUAUUUCGUCUGCUAGUUUUCUUUGGUUCCUUUAUCUUGGAAGCACAGUCCACUGGUUGGCCAAGCAAAUCCAAAGGACCUGCAUAUUGUCCCCAGCCACCACAACCUGAGAAUGGAGGCUAUAAAUGCCACCCUAGUCCCUGCAACAACCCUCUGACUUCAGGCAGUGUCAUAGAGUAUCUGUGUGUUGAAGGCUACAUGCUGAAAGGAGAUUAUAAAUACUUGACAUGCAAGAAUGGAGAGUGGAACCCAGCCAUGGAAGUCAGCUGCAGACUCAGCCCAGAGAAGGACUCUCCUCCCACAAUUGGAGUGCCCACACUGUCCAUAGUAGCCUCCACAGCGAGCUCCGUUGCCCUGAUUCUGCUCUUAGUUGUGCUGUUUGUUUUGCUGCAGCCAAAGCUGAAGUCGUUCCAUCACAGCAGGCGGGACCAAGGUGUGUCUGGAGAUCAGGUCUCUAUUAUGGUGGAUGGUGUCCAAGUGGCCUUGCCAUCCUAUGAAGAAGCAGUAUAUGGCAGCACAGGGAACUGCAUUCCACCCUCGGACUCCCGAGUGCAGAUCGUGCUCUCAGAGGGAGCUGGACAGAAUGGACCCAGAGAGAUGCAGCAGCCGGACCAAGGGGCUCACAAUACCUUUGAAAGAGAAGAUGAAGCCCCUGGACAUUCUGGACUGUGUGAAGCCAGUGGCUCUCAGCGCUCUGAAACUGUUCUUGUUCAUCAGGCUGCUACCUCUUCCUGGGUAGCUGGCAUGGCUAGCAGUAGACCUGUACACAAAGAGGUCCAAGAUUCAGAAAGCAGUGACAUACAGAGCCUUUUAUCACUCACUUCCUCUGAGGAAUACACAGAUGAUAUUCCAUUAUUGAAGGAAGCAUGAGGUCUGCUGUGUUUGUCUAGUUUUCUCCAUCUUGGAUUUUUCCUCCCCUUCUCUCCCUGCCUUUGGGACAGAAGCACUCUGUGCAGUCUUCCCCAUCCUCGCAAGCUGUACCCUGGAUACCUCCAAGAAGAGAUGCCCUCAGCUGAAGAUCCAAAGGAUGUCGCCAGGUUGCCUCCUGGAUGCACCAGUGGAGUUGGUGCAGCACUGGCUUCCCCAUUCCAUCAGCAUCAGGGGCUCAAGGAACAGAGUGGAUUUGAGCUCUCCUCUCCUCUUCCCCAGCCAGAUGUUUGACAGCAGUCUCUAAAGAGCUGCUCUUUUCUUGUGCCUUUCUUCUCCUCACACUGGCUUGUUGCAGCUUAUCAGCCUUUCUAGCCCUUCUGCUGCCCAGAGAGCAGGGGCUAAACCCGCUUGCUCGCUGGCUGCGGACACAGUUUAAAUAUACAUAUAUAUGUUAUAUAGGCUCUUCUUCCAGCAUCCUCUUUGUGACAGGGCAGGACAAAAUGCCUCACUGGGACUGACACUGGGCUUGGGAGGGCUCGCAGUUAAGGAGCAGCUUGUGAUGCCUAGAAGCACCUCAAGUGAGAUGGACUGUGUGACAGCUUAGACCUGCAGGAAUUCACUGAGAAUUGCUUAAGCACUGAAGGCUGAGAAGUCCAACAUGUAGGAAUGCCCUCUGUCCCAUCUCUGCUGGAGUCCAUUCCUGGAAAUCACUUUUGUCCCUUCCUUCUUCCUCUACCAGUGCAGCCCACUGGAAGAGGUUCAGAUGUUUGAAAAUACCAAGACAAAAAAUGCCUGUAGUAGUGCGUUCCUAGUGCCAUUGGUGCAAUCCCAAAUUCCUUUUCCAGCCAUAGUAAGUACUUGAAUCCUGGGUAGCUGCCAUCUCACAGGCUGGUGUGUCUUCCUAGCUUUGUACAGCAAAGGGUCUGCUAUUUUAACCUGGUGGGCUUGAGUGGGCCCAUAGAGAAGGGCUCCUCCCUUGUGGCUGGGGGUAAGCAGCUUUUGGUAAAGCUUCUCCUAAACACAGUGCCAGCCUGUUGUGGCGAGGGAAAGUCAAGUACACUGACAGCAGUGCUAGAAGACGCCACAGCUCAGUGCUGAAGUUUUGAGGUUUGUUUCAAGUUCUGGUAGUAGGGAAGAGAAAAUUCAGAAAUAUGUGUACCUCUGCUCACCGCAGUUAUCUACAGCAGGUCAGAUUGUCUGUGUUGGAACUCUGUAACUGCAGGAAGCCACAUUUGUCUGGGGUAGACAGUCCAAGUGCUGUGGUGGUUGUAAGGUUCCUCACUGAUGUCUGGGCACUGUUCAUGGGAUUGGUUUCAGCAAGAAGAGUUGAUUUCUUAGAUGCAUGUACCUUGUCAUAACUGUCUUGAAGUAACCAGGGAGGUGUUUGCCCUGUGAGAAGCUGCUGCAUUUUUGAGUUGAAGGAGCAAAAUGUCAUGGCCUUACACAUCAUGUGGUAAUGUACAGGUAAACAGGGAUGUUGUAUUUGCUGCUUUGCUUUUGGUUUGUGAUCCUCACCAUCCUUAUCCUCAUUGCUACAGUAAAAAACCAUUACAGCACCUGACAAAAAUGAUACAACAUCUUUACGUAUAAAAUCACUGUGGCAUAGCUCCAGUUCUUUGAAAUGGGGAUUGGUCAUAGUGUCCAGCUGUGUAUUUGCUAUUCUUUUUCCUGAAUAGCUAUUAAGUCCCAGGACAGAUGGAACAGUGUGUGCCUGUGGAUGGAAGAAUCCUUUUUUCCCUAUCCUUGUUAUAGAGGGAUGUUAAUUUACGAUUAAAGUGUUUUAAACAUCCUUCCCUGUUGCUCAUGUUACCUUGCAUUAACACAAGAAUUUGAUAAAUCCCUUUUGGGUGGUUUAGGUAUUUUUUUUUCUGUUUGGAUGGUGAAAAUCCUGUGUCAUUUUACAGUGGGCUGUGGUGUCUCAGCUUCAAGAGCUGUAGAGGACAAAUGUUGUUUACACAUCUGCCAUUAGAAUUUUUAAAAAAUAAGCAUGGGAACGAUUGUAUUUAGCUUUUUGGCUGUUGGUAAUAGUCUAAGCUUGAGUAAAUUCUCCUUCAUUGGUUUAUUCAAGGGGUUGAGAAAGUGUAGUGGUAAUUGAGUGUGGAGAAAAGUCUGUGUGAUUUUCCUGCUGCCUAAACAGCUCAGAGCAGGAGUUGUUUUUUAUGCAUUUAGGGUCCUGCCUGCUCAAACUGACCCUCUGCAAUUACAGGUAUAGAAGUUGGGAAUGUGUUGCCUUCCUGAAAGGGGUAGUGCUAGUUCUAGGUUGGUGGGAGAAGCUGGAAGCUGAUCCCAAGGCAAGGCCUAACCUUGCUCUGGACGAGCACCUGCACCACCAGCAGAAAACACAUCCUCUGUGGCCUGGCCUCCUCUCUGCUGUUGUAAAACAAGCAACUGCCAGCUUGGGGGAGAAAAUUCAAUUUGAGUGAGGGGGAAAAGGAAGCAAGCUCUACAAAGAGGGAGUGUUUUAAUUUCACAGAAUCACACAGAAUUAACUGGGUUGGAAAAGACCUUUAAGACCAUCAUGUCCAACCUAUGACAGGACAGCACUUUGUCAACUAGACCAUGGCACUGAGUGCCACCUCCAGGGAUGGUGACUCCACCACCUCCCUGGGCAGCCCAUUCCAAUGCCCAAUCAGCCUUUAUGUGAAGAAUUUCUUCCCAAUGUCCAGCCUAAACAUCCCCUGGCACAGCUUAAAACUGUGUUGCUCAUUACCUGGGAGCAGAAACUGACCCCCACCUGGCUACACCCUCCUUUCAGGGAGUUGUGGGGAGUGAUAAGUUUUCUCCUGAACCUCCUCUUCUCCAGGCUGCACAACCCCAGCUCCCUCAGCCUCCUCAUAGGAUUUGUGCUCCAGACCCUUUACCAGCCUUGUUGCUCUUGUCUAGAUCCAUUUGAGCAUCUCAACAUCCUUAAAUUGGGGGGUCCUGAACAGAACACGGCACUCAAGGUGCAGCCUCAGCAGUGCCGAGUACAGGGGGAUGAUCUCAACCCUGGUCCUGCUGGCCACACUGCUCCUGAUACAGGCCAGUGUGCCAUUGGCCUUCUUGGCCACCUGGGCACACUGCUGGCUGUAUGUUCAGUCUGACAUCAGUCAGUGAGCCCAGGUCCUUUUCAGCCUGGCAGCUGUCCUGCUGCAGGGGGUUGUUGUGGCCAAAGUGCAGGACCUGGCACUUGGUCUUGUUAAACCUCAUAUAAUUGGAUUAGAUAAAAAUUGUUGGAAAUGGCUUUGCUAACGAGUUGAGGAAAUGUGGAGGUGGAGGAGGGAAAUAUGCAAGUGUAGCUAUUGUGAUCAAGUAUAAACAGGCAGCUUCUGUUGGCUUGUUGAGGGUGAGCCAGCAGCUUCCAGGCCAUUCUCCAUGCUGGCUGGUAACCUAUCUGAUUAUUCCAGAUCCUGCAGAAGAGCUGUAUUCCCUGCAGCAAAUCUUGUGGGAACAGGGCCCAAGGAUCUGUGUGAGCCAGAAUAUAGAAUGCAGUUUGGAGGUAUCACACUGCUUGUCUACAUCCUCAGCUUUAGAGUUAAUUUUCUUAUAAAAUUAGGUGAAACAGCAGGGGAGGAACCCAGAAGACAUCUGACAACUUUUUCAAGGGGGAGGGGGAGAGCAAGGCCUCACUUUACUCAUUAUUAUUAUUCAUUCGUGUUUGUUUUAAUUCUGCAGAGGCUGAAGGACUGAAAAGUCUUUGGGUAGUGAUACAGGAAAACCUUGCACAAUCCUAUCUUUACUUAUGGGAGCAAGGCCUGAAGCCUAAAGAUCGCUGAGAUGUGAGCUGCACUCUGCCUCAGAAGUGUUUGUUAUCUUUGAGCUGAGUAUGUUCUCUCUGGAUUUUGCCAUAAGUCGAUGCAGCCUGCAUCUCAGUGUAGUGGAUAAGAAGCACAGAGGCUCAGACUUGCAAGAUGUAGUACAGUAAAUGGGUUUUCCCCUUUGUUUUUUUUUUCCCUGAUGGGGCCACAGUCUCCAUACCUUUUCUUCCACUGCCUAUGUCUGGCAAAAGAUUUCAAAGGGAGGCAUUUUUCUUAUUUAACACUCCCAACAUAAUCAUCUUAUGCUUUGUCAUAUGUGCUGGAUCCAGUGAUAUUCAAGAACAUUAAAAUUAUUUAAUUAUAUUGAGAAAAAUAAAAAUAGCACUUAUUUUAAAGCUUUCCAUUAUUUUUGGAGUCUGAUAGUUGGGGGGGAAAGGGCAUUUUAGAAAUCCAGGCUAUUAUGUGCAAUAGAAGAACUUCCUUGCUCCUUUCCAGUUCCAUAAUUAACAAAAAAUUAAAAAAAAAAAAAAAAAAAAAGAAAUGCAACUCAUUGCAGUGUUUACAGUCCAAGCAUUGUAGAACUGGACCAGCCUGAGAGAAACACAAUGUGAAGUUGACAGUGACCCAUGGGGAAGUGGGCCAGUCUCUCAUCAGGGUCUGCAUCAUGAAGCUCACCUCAAAUGAUGCCAGAAGGGCGUCAGCAGCACUGGUGAGAGAGGGGUUUGUGUGUUCUGGUUUUAAAUAGCUUGUGCUUCCCCAUCAUUAACUGCAGAAGAUGUAAAAAAUAAGUUGGGAGACAUGCACUGAAGCAUGUGAGCCUUUAGAGUUGUUGCUGAGUUACAACAUCAAGAGUUUGGGAGGGAGAAGAGCUUAAGGCAUUUUUAUCCUUAACCACCAGGGAAAUUUCUAGGUAGCAGAACAUGUACUCAGCAAGCAGAGUGCUUUUCGCCCCUUGGGCAUUGCUGCUGAGGUUUCUCCUUAGCCUUUCAGGUCUGGUGUGGUGAAUUGUUUACUGCAUCUGGUGUCUUAAUUUGGCCUUUCAGUGUGUGUAGAACUCAGGUGUGUUAGGAAGAAAUCUGUUCCACAUGCUCUGAGAAGAAACAUCCUAUGAUGCUCUGAGAGGUGGAUGACUUUGGUCAGUACUGAGGAGUGGGGCUAAGAUAGCAACUGGCUCAGCCAUUGGAAAUAAUCUGAGAUGGUUAAGUCAUUUGCAGCACAGAAAAGGGAACGCAAGGAGUUGUCUAAGGAACAGUUUCUAAGAGCAGAAAACAGAGGUUUACUACAGGCUAAUGAGCUAAUGCAAUCGUGAUCAGGUUGUAAGGAAGCUUGUGCUUUGUUAGAUGAUUUAGCAUACCACCAGCAGGCUUGCUGUAUAAAAAAAUUAAUGUACAACUGGUUCGACACACUGAGCUGUCCUUGCUGACCUUUUUAGAACAUACUUGCAAAAAAAUGUGGUUUUACUGUUCUGAUAGCAGUUUAAACAAAAAAUCUGCCUUGUUAAUCUAUUCAGAUAUCUAUUUAAAUAAAUUUCACUUUGGUUUUUUUGUAUAUAAAUGCAAUAAAUCCCAUUCAUUUUGCACAUCCUGCCUCACCCUGUCUUCACCCUUUAAUCCUUACUAGGGAACAGCAGAUUGAAUUUGCUCUGUGUGAAAACCUUUGCUUGCAGAAGAACUUCAUUAGAAAACAGUUUUUCUCUACUAUAGGCUUUGAAAGUGCAAAGAGGUUUCCUAGAGCAGGCUUCAUUUUAAGGUGUAUUUUUAUACAAGAAGUAAGCCUUUUUCCAGUCCUAGCACACCAGGACAGAACAUAACACUUCCCACACUUCAGGGCCCUGUGUUCAGCACUGCUUUCAAACUUGACCCUCUGCAGGUGAUGUUCAGAUCUGUGUACCCACCAGCACAUGUUGUAUUGAUGCUCUGCAUAUGCUUUCUGUAAGCUAUGCUUUUGCUUCUGUCCUUGAGUGAGAGCAGACAGAGACAACUGAGUUGUACUGGAAAAUGUUUUAGUUCAGGUUCUCAGAGUUGCUUCCUUCCAAAAGAAAACAAAGUGAAGUUGUCUGUGAAGCAGAAGUCCAAUGAUGUGGUGGGUAGACUGCUGGUAGUUGCUGAUGCAAGGGGAGCUUGAUUGCCUUUCUGCAUUAAUCUUUUCUUUCCUAUAUGUGUUUUCUUCUAAUCUGAAUUGCACCACUAUGGAAUUAUUUGCAGAAUGGUACUCCAUAUAUAUGUGGGAUUUAAAACCAUAACUGAUGCUGUGCAGGAUGUCACCCAAUCGGUUUUAUUUUGCUUUAUUUUCUAUGUAUUUUCUGGUAUCCUGUACAUUGCAGUGGGUGUGAAAAUAGUAUUUUAAUAUUUGUACAAAGUUUAAUUUAAUUGUUCUAUGUAUAUAGCUGCAUUUCUAAAUUAAAAAAAUUCUUUUGAAGUGAA